AAAUGGCGGCGCGAGAGGGAUAGAGACUGAAGCUGGGCCCAGUGUGUGCACCUUAUCGUGUAUACAUCACCCUUCAGUGUGUACUGGUCCCUGUAUACACCACCCAGAGUACAGGUACAGUGAUUAAUCAGCAGCCACGUUAUUACUGGAGAUUGUGUUUGAGCUGCCACAGUCUUGAUGCAGAGUCCAACAAUGCAGCCUCCACCACCCCGAUCAUCACCGGGCGAUGGCAGCACCACUGGAGCCCCCCUGAGUGGGGGGGCCCACAAUGUUUUCCGACGGAAUGCUCCCUACAGACGGCCCAAUACCCCCCUGUCAGGGGCCCCUGCUACAUUGCCUCUGCCACCAGUCACUGAUCCAUUUGGACUUGGCCAGCAGAUGCAGGUCAACAGUUCACCGUCACUGCAAAACGCUGUAAAUGGAGGGCUGCCAAACCUGAACCGACUAGCUGGGAGUCAGCUCCCUUGGCCCACAGAUGGAAUGCCUUGUGCGUUGGGGGAGCGACGUGAACCCUAUGGUGCACCAGCUCCCCUCCCCCCUGCACCCCGAUUUGGUGAAGCUGGCCAGUUCUCACCUGCAGCCCCUCUUCAAGGAGCUGAAGCUGGACAGGCCCUACCCCAAGAGCCCUCAUACUUUCAUACGGGGCUAGGCUCAGAGAGUAGUGAGAUGGGGCAGGCACGGCCAGUGGCGCGAAACCCCCAUGGGCAGGAGGGGGGCCAGGAGACCCAUUCCUUUCCUCCCGCUCCACCCACUUUCCUACCACAAUUCCAGCAGAGCUCCUCACAGUGGGCAGUUAGUCAUGGCAGUCGACCUCCGUCCGUCCAGAACUACUUUCAGCCUAGUGACCCCCAGACCCAAGGUUUUGGUGGUUACUGCGCCCCUCAGCCUGUCCCCCUUCAGCAAAGCCAUGCAGCAGGUAGCCACUACCAGCAGCAUCACUCCCCAUCACUGGAAUCCCAGGUGCAAUUUCUUGGAGCCGAGCACCAAGACAUUGCCCAACCAUCUCCAUUCCCCCAACUGCCCCAACACCAGCAGCAUUUCUCUGGCACUGGCUUUGUCCAGUCGGAGGAUUGGCAAUCUGGUCCCCCUCGAGAAGUGUGCCAGCAGCAGGCUAUACCUCACUCUGGACACCAGGCUGACUGUCCUGCCCCACGGUCAGACCCACCGCCUGGGGACUCUGAACCCGGAACCAUCUCCAUGUUUUUCAAAGGGGGUGAAGUGGAGAACAAAGAAACCCUGGUGUCUGAGCAGUCGAGUGCAGUCAGUGCCAGUAUCGGGGAGGCCUUCCAGCCCAGCACCGGACCCUUCUUCAGCGCACAGCCACUGCCAGAGCUGUGCACUGGAAAUGCCGAACCACGGGGCUUAGGCCCGCAACCACCUGUUCCUUGUGGUGUUUACAGCAUCAGUAGCGGAGAACCUGGUGGGGCAGUUGAUUCCACUCAACCCCAUGAUGGAGGGUUGGUGUUAGAAGAUGAUGAGAAUUCUGAAUUUGUCCAGAAUCAGGAGGUCCUGCCCACUGAGCCUGAUAGAACUCCUGUGGCAUUCCAGCCCAUGCCAGGAUUGGUGAACCAAGGGCUGCACGCCAUCAGAAAUGUGAGUGGGGCAGGACCACCACCAAAUCUCGAGACCCCAGACCCUGCACAUCAUCCUCUGCGAUGUGACAGUAUCUCUUCAAAUCACAGCAGUGCCAGUCACAGCAGUGGUUCCAGUCUGCGGAGAUCCCACGCCCAGACAAAUACAUUCAUCCAACAAGAGAGCGGGAAACCUCCCACCGAUUCCCUGAACCGUUUCUUUGAGCAGAUUGACUCCUCCCCGCUGAGUCGAGACCCUUUGCACCCUGGCAGGGAGGCAGAUAGUGCAGGGCGGCCAUUGUACUACAGCCAGCUUUCUCAGUCUCCUGCCCUCAGCUCCCCAAAGCCUAUGACUACCUUCCAAGCCAGUGCCAACAGCUCAUUUGAGCCAGUCAGAUCGCAUGGCCAACUCCCAGUCAAACCUGUUGAAGUGGACCAAGCAAAGAUGGUGAUGGAGUUGAACCAGUCAACAGUGACCACUGUGGGGCAGAGGCAUGGUGCUGGCACAUCGGACAUCUCCCCAGGCAACUUGGAACAGCCACCGGAUAACCUGGAAAACAUCCGCAUGCCCCAGCCUCAUUCAAACCUCUAUGCUGGCGUUGGAACGUCGAAGAGCGUGGCACGGCCUGUACCAGAAGAGUCCCACAAGAGACCGUCCUCGAGGGUGUCUGGUAUCUGGGUGAAAUCUGAGAGCCCUGCAGCCACUCUGUGGGCACAGAGUGAGCUGCCAAGCUUCUCCGCUGGCAUUAUGUUGGCACCAGCUGCUCCGGCAGUGUCAGCAGCCGCCAAGUUGGAAGUGAUACAACCACCCGAAGAUAGCAGUAAGGGUUUGAGCUACCCUGUGCCUCCUGGAAAUAUGGAAAAUCCUCCCCAGGUGGCAGAGGACAGAGCCCAAAAAAAACAGACAGCUCCCAGCUAUGCCACGCUCCUGGUCCCUACUCCGGCCUCACCUACCCCAGCUGUGCUGCUUGCUCGGCCACUUCAGACCUCCCCCCAUAUCCCCAGCCCUGAAUGUCCUCUCCGAGAUCGGGGCGAUGGCCAAAGUGCUGCCUUUGCGAGUCCAGUCCCUCCCAAUCCUGAGCUGGUCACAACAGUCCAAGGAGCAUCACAUGCACAGGCUCCACUGAACCUGGCCGCAAACAGUCGCAUCACCCCUAGAAUGGGCAGCGAAGGGCAGUCAGUGGAUCCUGCUAUCACCACCAGCCCUCCUCCUAGCCAAGACCCUGGUGUGAUUGUAACCUCCCCAACUUCCAAUCUUCAGCCGUCCAGUGACAGUGGCAAGGAUGAAAUGAGAAACAGAGCAUUUGAUCAGCCCAACCCGUCCAUCAAUUGUGAGCUGCUUGAUUUCACGCUGCACAGUACUGUGCCUAAUCAACCCUUAACUAGCAUGAAUCCGGCUGUUUCUCUGCCACUUGGCAGCACCUCACAGCAGUCAGUUCCUUGCCACACAUACACCACAGGGCUCUACAUGAAUGACAAAGCAGGUUUCUACCUGCAGGUCACUGCAGAUGUCCAACAGCAACAGCCAAUCACCACUGUGAGUGGACAGCAGGCAGUGCCACCACUGCCACCAGUGACUCAUGACCAGCGCCAACCAGGGUCAUUGCCAGUCAGUGGGCAGUGCCCGUCGGUCAGUUUUGGGUACCCAGGAUCUGGUCCCACUCAGCCUCCAGCACAGGAGCAGCAUCUGCCAACUCAAGCAGCAGUAACAACAGCAGCUGCCCCCCAACACCCCACCCACCAUGAUGUGAUGCCACAACACCCGUAUCCACCAGGGCAGCCACAUGCAGGUUAUGGUUAUGCCUAUCCAUAUAUGUGCCAGGACUAUGGUGCAGACCCUCAGCAGCCUUAUGUCAUGCCUUACUCAUCGUACCCUACACUGGACCCGAGAGUUGGCCAGCAGAUGUCUUACCCAUUGACGGACUCCAGAGGCAACCAUUCGUAUUACCAGGAUGAUCCAUAUCGCCGUUAUGCCCGAUAUGGCAGAUACGACGUUAAUAACAUGAGUUACAAGGAAUCAGAGAGGGAGAAGACCAGCCGGCCCAGCUCACGAGCAAGUCAGUCUUCCAAUCGACCAACUUCCAGGCAAGGGUGCACCGAAGAUCUGUAUGGUGGAAGAAGUGGACGAGAGGGAUAUCCUGGUUAUUAUCCAGAUUAUUACAACAGCCAAUAUCAGUACAGAGACUCAGCUCAUUGGGAUAGAUAUGACCCAGCUGCCUAUGAUCCUCGAUACAGAGACUACAGGGAAUAUGAAAUGCCAUACUGGUACUAUGGACCUUACCGGGAGCUCUACACCGAUAGGAGGAAUGGAUUUGAGAACCUCUGGCACUACGACCCUCGCUAUGAUGUGAGCUUCGAUGAAGGUAGUCGGCAGGACCUGUACCCUGAUGAGUUUGAUGGGCACAGCACACACAGUGAACAGUCUGUUCACAGCGCACUGAGCUCGCACAGCGUAAGGAGCAGGCGGAGUAGCUUUGGCUCCCGCUCUCAGCAGAGUCAGAUUUACAGGAGUCAGCAGGACUUGACUGUUGAAGCACCAGCUCACGCAGCCAGCACAGAUUACACUUAUGGGCAGUAUUCUCAAAGCACAGUACAUCCAGGCUACUCGGAUUAUCAGUACAGAUAUCCAACAGAAACAGAUUGGCAGCCAUUGGAGAAAGCUCCACCAAGACCAGUGACCCCUGAGAAGUUCACAGUUCCUCAUCUUUGUGUCCGGUUCAGUCCCGGUGGACAGUUGCUGAAAGUGUUGCCCAACCUCCCUUCAGAAGGACAACCUGCUUUGGUGGAGCUGCACAGUCUGGAGAUGAUACUGCAGCACAUGCCUGAACAAGAGGAUCUGAAGAAGUUCCCAGGGCCACUGGUGAAGGAAGAGACUCAUAAAGUUGACGUUAUCAGUUUUGCUCAAAACAAAGCCACGGAAUGCCUGAGGAAUGACGAACUUCUGGAUAAAGAGUCUGCCAGCCUGUUGUGGGAACUGAUUGUGCUGCUGUGCAGGCAGAAUGGGACAGUGAUUGGUACGGAUAUUGCUGAACUCCUACUGCGGGAACAUCGGUCGGUUUGGCUUCCUGGCAAAUCGCCCAAUGAAGCAAACCUUAUUGACUUCAACAAUGACUUGGUUCCACGUGCGGAGGAUGAGUCUUGCCUCUUCACAGACAGCUUCCUCGAUGGUAACACCACAGAAAACCCUGCCAAGGACACAGAGCGCUUCCGCGAACUGCUGCUCUUCGGCCGCAAGAAGGAUGCCUUGGAGUCAGCCAUGAAGCAUGGCCUGUGGGGUCAUGCUUUGUUACUGGCCAGCAAAAUGGACAGUCGGACCCAUGCAAAGGUUAUGACCAGGUUUGCCAACAGUCUGCCCAUCAAUGACCCUCUGCAGACAGUAUACCAGCUGAUGUCUGGGCGCAUGCCAGCUGCAGCCACGUGUUGUGGAGAUGAGAGGUGGGGGGAUUGGCGACCUCACCUAGCCAUGGUGCUGUCCAACCUUUCCAAUGGGCCUGACCUGGACAGGAAAACCAUCACGACUAUGGGCGACACACUCGCUACCAAGGGGCUGUUGGAUGCCUCUCAUUUCUGCUAUCUAAUGGCACAAGUUGGAUUUGGAGUGUACACCAGAAAGACCACCAAACUAGUUCUGAUUGGCUCAAACCACAGCUGGUCCUUUCUGAAGUUUGCUUCAAAUGGGGCCAUCCAGCGCACAGAGGCAUACGAGUACGCACAGGCGCUAGGCAACCAAGUCUGCUUCCUCCCUAACUUCCAGGUAUUUAAGUUUAUUUAUGCCUGCAGACUGGCUGAGAUGGGUUUAGCAGCACAAGCAUUUCACUACUGCGAGGUCAUUGCAAGGACUGUUCUCAAGAAUCCAGUGUAUUACUCAGCAGUGUUUUUGAGCCAGCUUAUUCAGAUUUCCACCCGGUUGCGAUUCUUUGACCCUCAGUUGAAGGAGCGGUCAGAGCAGGAGUUGCAUGUGGAGCCAGAUUGGAUUAAACACCUCCGACAAAUUGAAAAUCAGUUGAAGGACGGUGCACUUGUUUGUAGGUCGGGCAGAACUACACCUCAGCCUUUCUGUUCCAGCACUCCCAGUUCAGAGUAUGACCAGGUCAGCCAGUCAGAUGGGCAAGUCGCAGGCUCUCAUGAGGAGGCCUUGGGCAUGGACAAUCCACUGAUGACAUCUUUCACUGCAGACACAGGGAUGCCAGGAAUGGCCGGAGUGCAGCUCAUGCCACCAGCCCCUCCUCACGCCGUAUUGGAUGGCAGGCCAACAGCAGCCCCUCCCCUCCAGCCGAUGAUGGACAGUGGAAUCCCCAUGUACUCACCCACCCAAGCCUCGCCUGGCUUCCCAGGACAGUCUCCCCACUCUGCCUUCAAGCAGACUUUUGAGCCAGCUAAAGGCCCCCUUUCUACAGCCCCACCUGGAUCGCCCCUGGGGCUCCCCUCAGAGAUUCUGCAGACUGUGCCGGAGCAACAGGUGCCUGAGAACACAGAAUGUAAUUCCGUCAAUCAUCAGAUGUCUCCUAAAAGAUCCAGCUUUGGGGAAAGUGGACAUCAGGAUUUCUAUGAUCACAUGGUCAAAAUGGCUUCUGGAAGAAGAUCGAGGUCAACGUCUCAGUCGUCUUUGCACAUGCCCUAUGGGAGACGCUCGCGAACUACCUCUGAGUCAUCUGUCCACAGCAUGGGCCGAGAGAGGCAUCCCUCUGCAGCUAACCAGUCAACGCUUCCACCUCCAUCAGAGACCAUUGCCAACACAGCUCCGGAAACAAAAAAAGAACCCAGACGGAAGGAACCAGAGACCAAAAAGGGUGGUUGGUUGAGCUGGCUGCGGCCCAGCAAGAAGACUGAAGCCCAUUUACCAGAUGACAAAAAUAAAUCGAUUGUGUGGGAUGAGAAGAAGCAACGAUGGGUGAAUCUGAAUGAACCUGAGGAGGAGAGCAAGCCUCUUCCUCCUCCGCCAAGUUUCCCAGUGACAGCCCCUACACCUGCCUCAAGUUCCACUCCUUCAGCCGCACCAGCACCCUCAGGUGGCCCUCCACCUCGGAACAGGUUCUCCAUGAAAGCAGGCACAAAAGGUCGAUAUGUGGAUGUCCUGAAUCCCAGUGGAUCACGGCCUGGUGGAGUUCUGAUGCCCCCAGUGGACCUGUUUGCCCCCUUGGCACCAAUGCCAAUCCCUACCAACCUCUUUGUGCCGAUGCCAGGUGAGGGAUCUCAACCUCCUGAAGGAAACCCAGCAGAGAUCUCUCAGCCUGUGGAACAGGCAAAUCUUGAGGCAACUGCACAGCCCCAGAUAUUUAACCCGAUACCAAAUGCUGAUUCUUCACCAUCCGAGCCUGUCAGUUUGCAGCAUGGAGAGACUGCUGCUCAGCCUGUGCAUGGCGGCCCUGCAUCAGGAGCCGUUCCAUUUUACAACCCUGCACAGUUCCCCCAACCCUCGGCAGGAACGUCCGGCUCUCGACCAGGAAGGUUCGGGCAAAGGAAAUAUCCAACAUUAAACUGAAAGUCUUAGAAUGAAUUCUGAAAUGAAUGGAAUUUUCAACCCCUUCUGGGGACAGUGCAAGUAAUGUGCUGUGAUGUUUGCAGUUACAAAUUAUUAAACUGGAGUGGUGUGUCAUUUAAAUAGUUCUUGCCCUCCAGAAAUGCCAAUAAUUACAAAUUCUUCUGAGGGUGAAUUGAAAUCUGAAGGAAAUGUAAUUGUUUAUCCCUGGUUUAUUGAUUAAAUAAUAAAAUCCAGUCUAACAGCAGCUGUAGCUACAUGACAUAAAUUACAAUGCAACAUGAUCUAAGAAUAAAACACACCCUCCAAAAGUGACUGUAAAUGUCAGAGCAUCUGUUGCAAGGUGGAAUUGGUGUCGACCAGAUCCUGGCACAUCCACAAAGACGUUCAGCACCAAGUGAUUCUUUAAUUCUAUAACUGUUCCAUUUUAAAUGAGAAAAGUUUGUUUUGGGAUGGGGGGGUGGGGUUAGGUUGGGUUAAGGGCAGAGAAAUGCUGGAAGAUUGACCCUGAUGAUUUGUAUUUAGAUAAUAUAUAUAAAAGGCUGCUGUAAGAGUAUUGUAUAGCCAGACCCAUCUGUUGUACAUUAAUACAUUAAAAUAUCUGGAGGACUGUGUGAAUAAAUAUUAACAUGUGCAAUAUCAAUGCUAUCUUUCUCUUAUUCUGGGAGAAGAUCCAACGGACAUGGGAGAAGAGAACGUGCAGAUGAGCUGGGAGGGGCUUGGCCCCCUUGAAAGAUUAUGCCCCCUGCACCCUGUCUCUUUCAAACAGUAUUCUGAAGUUGCUUUAUCCAACUGCAAUAUUUGAAAUCGCCACAGAAAUGCAGUGUAAUUUGGGAAUAACUUUGUACAGAAUGAAAUCUGAUCUCAAAGCCCUCAAAUAAUGUGAUUCUGCCCCCAAUAUCACUUUAUAGUCUUUAACUGUACUGCACCUCUAUCCCGUGUAGCUUAGUACCCUCUGAACCCCUCAUGUAGACUGCACAAUAUUUCAGAUUCAGAUUCUUCUCUUGGCUGAGAAGUUUAUUUUCUUGUUUUAAGGAUGCACACUGUAAAUUGUUGAAAGGAAAUAAAAUAUUUUGUGUUCUGGAACAUUUUCAA